UGGCGGAGUCCUCCAGAGCAGACGAGUCUCGGUCCCCGGAGCGGCGGGCGCGGGCCAGAGCGGCGCCGCGGGGCAGUGGCGGGAACAUUCGAUCAUGGCCGCCGCCGCCUCCCCCACAGCGGACCCUCCCCGGGACGCCCCGCGGGGUCCUCCCCGGCGCCGCCGCCGCCCCCGCGGCCCCCCCAACCCCCUGUUCGCCCGAUGGCUCCGGGAGUGGCGGGACGAGGCCCAGGGCACGUGGGCGAGGGGCACCUACGAGAGGGCCCUGCGCUCGCUGUCUCGGUUCCCGCUCCGGCUCCGCUCCGGCCAAUCCGCCGCCAUCCUGCAGCACUUUGGCCCCGCCCUCUGCCAGCGCCUCGACCAACGGCUGCGCCAGCACCGCAUCGAGCAAGGCCUCCCCCCAACUCCUCCCCCGGAGGGGCGGGACCCGGAGCCCCUCCCGGCUCCGCCCAAACGCCGCCCCCGCGAGUUCCGGCCCCUCCCCCGCUCGGGGGCUCACACCCUGCUGGUGGUCCUGGGGCAGAGCCCAGAGCCCCUCCCAGAGGCGGAGCUUCUGCGCCAGGCCCGGCCCCUCUGCGACCACCCCCCCAGCGCGGGGGCUCUGGCUGCCCUCCUGCGCCGGGACCUGCUGCAGCGGAGCGGCCACCCCCCCCGGUAUGCCCGGACCCCCGGGACCCCCCUGAGACUCCCCUGGACCCCCGUGGGACCCCUCAGGUCUCUCCAGAACCCCCUCGGGACUCCCCAGGUCACCCCCCCGGGACCCUCCAGACCCUCCAUGACCCCCCCCCGUGUCCCCCCCCAGGUUCUCCAGCUGACCCCCCGAGGUCACAUCCUCGCCCAGCGAUUGGCUGCAGCGCCGCAGGCCCCGCCCCCUGAAGCCCCGCCCUCCGAGGCUCCGCCCCCCGGCCGGCCGUGCCGCGAGCGCCCCCUGGCGGGGCAGGAGGAGAACUGCGCCCCCGACCCCCCCACCCCUAGGUGCCCCCUGAGGGCGAAUUUGGGCCCCCCCAGGUGUGACCCCGAGCAGGAGUUCGAGCUGAGACCCGGCGAGUUCGACAUCGUCCUGUGCGCCGACGUCACCGAGGCCAACGGGCCCCGGGGGGGGGUCCCAGCCCUGCUCAGGGCUCGGGGGGUCCCGGUGCUGCUGCGGCGCCUCCAAGUCGGGGACUUCCUGUGGGUGGCCCGGGAGAAGGACCCGCCCACAGGUGGGUCCCCCCGGGAGCUGGUCCUGGACGUGGUGGUGGAGCGGAAAUCGGCGGCAGAUUUGGGGAACAGCCUCCGGGACGGGCGGUACCGGGAGCAGAAGGUGGGACUGGGGACACUGGGAAGGACUGGGAGGGGACUGGGCGGGACAAAGAGCAACUGGGAUGGAGUGGGAAGGCGCUGGGAUGGAGCUGGAGGGGACUGGGAGAGACCAGGAGA